AUCCACCGUUCCCCUCCCUCUGCACGACCUAGACGACCUGCUGCUCGCUGCUGCGGUGCUGCGCCGCCGCCAGAGCCCAGAGGCCAGGGGUUCCUGGGCGCGAGGGGCGGCUCCUUCAUCUGCUCGCUCCUCCAUCGGCGAGGGAGGGGGUUGAUACUGCGGCUGUGUGGGGCGGUGCUGGUGCUGGAGCCUGGAGGUCGGGCCAGCGGCGAGGGGCGGCAGUGGGGGCUGUGCCAGUGAUGGAUUCCGGCGAAGAGAUGGACUCCGGCGAAGAGGUGGAUUGGAUAGGCAUAGUUGCUGCUGUCGAACUCGAAGAAGCUGAGGCUGAGGCUGCUGCUGUCGAAGAUGCGGCGGCUGUGGCAGAGGCAGCAGCUUCGGCGGCCAGAGCCAAACGGAGGCGAGAGCGACCACAUGACUCUGACGACCGGCAGGGCAUUCCUCCGGCAUUUAAUUUAGCUGAUGUGGAUCCUGAUCCUGGCACACGUAAGCAAAUUGAAGAGUAUGCAACUCCAGAAAUUAGAGAUGAAAUGAGAAGGGCAUAUUUGUCGAAAGGUGUUGGACGUUUGUAUGGUCAUGAUUUUCCUCGGACUCUUUUUGGGAAAGAUUGGCGGAACUUCAAAGAAGCAUGGUAUAAAGAUUAUGAUUGGCUAGAGUAUAGUAAAGAGACAAAAUCUGCCUAUUGUUUCCAUUGUUUUCUUUUCAAGCCUCCAAGCAUUGGUGACAAGUUUGGCCAUGAUGUCUUCACUAAGAAAGGGUUCAAAAAUUGGAAGAAGGCAGUGGAAAUAUUCAAUGCUCAUGUAGGUGGACCAAACAGCGCUCACAACAAUGCUAGAAGACGGUGUGAAGAUUUCAAAAACCAAAAGCAAAGUGUGUCAUAUGCAAUGACUUCUCAUACUGAGAAAUCACAUAUUGAAUAUGAAGAGCGUUUCAGGGCUGUUGUAGGUGUGGUAAGGUUUCUUGUCUCUCAAGGCCUAGCUUUUCGUGGGCACGAUGAGACUACCACUUCCAUGAACAAGGGUAAUUUCCUUGAGAUGUUGGAUUGGUAUGCAGAAAGAUGCAAAGAUGUAGCCGAUGUGGUCCAUAAAAAUGCUCCUGGCAAUCAUCAAUUGACUUGUCAUAAAAUCCAAAAACAAAUAGUACAAGCAUGUGCCGAAGUGACUACAAAAGUGAUAAUGACUGAGCUUGGUGAUAGUAAUUUCUCUCUACUUGUUGAUGAGUCUCGUGAUGUAUCUGUUAGAGAGCAAAUGGCUGUGAUUGUGAGGUUCGCGAACCAAAAAGGGGAGUCUUUGGAAAGAUUGCUUGGUGUUAAACAUGUUCUUGAUACUACAUCCGCUUCUUUGAAAAGAUCUUUGGACGCAAUGUUUGUUAAACAUAAUUUAUCCAUGUCUAGAUUGAGAGGACAAGGAUAUGAUGGGGCCUCAAAUAUGCGUGGAGAACUUAAUGGUUUGAAGAAAUUGGUGCUAGAUGUCAAUCCGUAUGCUUUUUAUGUGCAUUGUUUUGCCCACCAACUUCAAUUGGUAGUUGUUGCUGUUGUCAAGGGAGUCCUAGCUGUUAGUGAUUUCUUUGGACAUACAAAUAAGAUUGUCAACAUGGUAAGUGCCUUGUGUAAAAGAAAAGAUGCAUUGUUGCAGAAGCAUCAUGACAACCUGGUUUUACAGUUAGAGCAUGGGGAGAUUUUGUCAGGAAAAGGCGAGCAUCAAGAGACAAGUUUAGCAAGACCCGGUGAUACACGAUGGGGGUCACACCACAAGACUCUAAUCCGGAUAUAUCAAAUGUGGGAUUCCGUGGUUGAAGUGCUACAUGGUAUUUCUCUUGAUGGAGCAGAUGCUGAUGAUAGAGGUUUGGCUUCUGGCUUUAUGAUAAACAUGGAAACAUUUGAAUUUGUUCUUAUCUUGCAUUUGAUGCUUCGAGUGCUUGGUUUAACCAAUGAUUUGUCACAAGCAUUGCAACAAAAAGAUUAGAAUAUAGUCUGUGCUAUGAAUAUGAUUGUGUCAGUGAAAAGUCUAUUACAAAAGUUGAGAGAUGAUGGAUGGGAGCCUCUCUUAAUAUCUACUACUAACUUUUGUGCUGCAAGAAAUAUAAUAGUGCCCAAUAUAGAUGAUAACAUUUCAGCAAGGGGUUACCCAAGAAGAUCACGCAAAAUGGUUACUUGUCUCCAUCAUUACAAGGUAACUAUAUUCAAUGAGGUGUUGGAUAGAAACAUAGUUGAGAUGAAUAAUCGAUUUAGUGAAACUUAUACACGCUUGUUGAAGUGCAUUGCUUGCCUUGAUCCUAGAGACUCAUUUAGCAACUUUGAUCAUGAUAAGCUAGUUGAGCUUGCAAAUAUUUACUCAAUUGAUUUCUCUUCACAAGAGCUCUAUCUGUUGACUGAUCAACUCAACAUAUAUAUUGAUGUGAUGAAAAGAAGUACUGAAUUCUUGGCUUGCGAUAGUUUGAGUUCUCUUGCUCUCAAGUUGGUUCAGAGUAGCCAACAUCUGGUAUUCCCAGGUUUAUCGGCUCAUCAGACUUGCAUUGACAUUACCGGUGGCAACUGCAUCAGUUGAGAGGGUUUCCUCAGCCAUGAAUAUUAUAAAGACUGAUCUUCGAAACAAGAUGGGUGAUGAUUGGCUUAAUGAUUUGAUGGUUUGCUUUGUUGAGCGCGAGAUAUUUGCUAAAAUUAGUGAUAAAGAGAUUAUGGUUCAUUUUCAUGCCUUGAAGAACCGUCGAGGUCAUCUACCUCCACAACCUCGUGUUCAGUAUGCAAUUACGUCUUAAAGGUCUCAUUUGGAAAUUGGAAUUAUGGGAUCAUAUUGUGGCAUAACUGAGCAUUUCAAGCGGCAAGAGUCCAUGUGAGCAGUCAGGCGGCCUCGGCGACUUUUAACAGUGUACUAGUUUUAAAUAGUCUUUUCAUCCUUUUGCUGUUGAAUGCUAUGAGUUCUGGUUGAAUAUAGCUGCAUUUGUAGCGAAAAAAAUUUAAACAUUAAAUGUUCGCCCCGGCUAACUUCAAUUCCUGGGUCCGCCACUGCCUCGUCGUAUGGUAAAGUAUUCUCCUUGUCGUGGGGGGCAUGUUCAGCUGAUAGAGAUGAAUUUGGUAUAUUUGAUGCUACUGCAUGAAAAUUGUAGAUAACAUCAGUAAUUUUUUUUUUGUUAUAUUCGAUAAGAUAACACCAUGCAAUCAAUAUGUUAUGGUAGCACAGAACCUUUAGACGCUAUUUGUUGUAGCUGGGUGACACCGGAUUGUCCUGUAGCUGGUGUGUGUGACACGGUGCUAUCGUUGGUGAGUAGGGUCGUAGUAGCCUUUCUCUGCUCACGUGAUUGGCGUUGUCGUUUUAAUAUUUCAUCCCUAUUUUGUGCAUACCGCUCCCUGUCCCUUUGCCUCCGUAUCUCUUUAGGGUCAACAUAGAUGAGAAAGCUAGUUAGUAUCAACAAAUAGGGUUCACUGUAGUUGGUUGAUCGUCAUUACCAAUGGGUAUGGACAUCGGUGUUUGUGUUUCAUUUUCAUGGACACUGAUAUCGGCGGAAGCGUCAGCCAUUUUUUUGUUUCUGUAGGCGUGACGUUGUCUCUUUAAUAUUUCGUCUCUAUUUUGUGAAUACCGUUCCCUAUCCAGUCGCCUCUUCAGCUCCAUAGGGUCUACAUGUAUGAUUUAGAGUAUCAUAAGUUACCUGAAUAAUACGUAAGCAUGCAGUAUAUGGCCAUACUUACCUUGGGACAUGGCUAGGGGUGUGUGUGGCACAUUUUGCUCAUCAUUCGGCAGAGGUUUAUCAUUCUGCUUCUUUAAACGUGCCUCAUGACGUCUUUUCAGAAUGUCCUCUCUAUUUCGUGCAUAAUAUUCUCUGUCCCUCUGCCUCUUAAUUUCUUCAGGGUCUGUUUAAAUAUACAAUGGAAAUUAGCACAUUCGUUAUAGAAGUGUUCAUCAACCCAGAAAAAAAGAAGCGCUCAGUUGGCUGAUAGUUACCUGAGGAAUGGAUGUUGCUUAUAUCCUGAAAUGGGGUGCGUGCCCCCGAGUGAUUUGGAGAAGUCAUAACGUCGACUUCAUAGACUGAAUACUCCAGUCAAAAAUCUGUCAAGAGGGUUGACUGGAAGCAUAUAUUAGUUAGAAUUAGAUUCAAGUUAUGUUGUCAUAAAUCUGUAGAUUGCAUUUUCUUAAAGCACAAGGAAGUUAGAAGAUAACUUGCAAGAACAAGAAGAAAUGUGUAAUAUUAAAAUCUUGCCUGAUGUUUUCAGAGGAUGGCACAGGUGAUGCAAGGAACUGACGACCUGUUUGCAGCGAGAAGGUGAGGCAGGAGCAGCCGCGCAUCUAAUGGCCAGUGGAGGGCGGCGAGGGAAGGCGGCGGUGUUUUCGUGCGGCGAGGUCGCCGUCCAGGAAGGCGAAGGCGAUGAUGUUUCUGAGCGGCAAGGGGAUAUGGGUGGGAUAUGUUUCUUGUUUUUGGAUUUGGAUUUGAAAGGUCUAUUAUUAUUUGUGGGAAUGGGGGAUACGUGAUUGUAGGGAUUGUGUUUGCUUUCGCAUGGAAGUUUUCCUCCACGGUGGUGGAGUACGGUCAGUCAAUGUAAAUUAGUAAGUGCACACCAAAAAACAUAUCAGGUGAAGGCUGGCCGUUGGAUAUAGAUUAGCGGGGAUAAUCAUGCGGUAGUAGUGAGUCCGUGUAUGUUUUGUGCGGUGCAUUUAGCAAAGAUAAUAUUUGCUCUUUUAUUA